UGAUGCCUGCUCAUCGAGUCGCUGCUCCAGUGCCCCAUCAGGAAACGGACUAGGAGAGAGGAGAAAGUAACCGCUGUGAAAAAUGUAGAGAAGCUGAGGGAAGGAAGCUCCUGAGCUGUAGUGCCAAGAGCUUUCCAGGAGGGCAGGUUUGGGGAAGCAUUCAAGAUGAGGUAAGAUGAACUGAAGCCAUGUUUCUGAGCAGCAACAGAGGCAGCUAACACUGUAUGUAGUGUAGGAUUUUUUUUGUCUACAGUCUCCUAAAAGGUAAGUUUUCAUUUUUUAAUAUGUUUUUUAUUGUUUCUGGGAUAACAGUGUCCUGAACCUUGGUUGAUGCUAUGACAACACAUACAAUCCAAAAUAUUGCUGCAGCUGAAGACUUAUUGUAACCUGGCCUUGAUGGUUUUUCGUAGUUCUCUUGCUGUUUUACAAUAACAAAUGUACAACUGUUUCAAGCCCUGCAGGGAUUUCAUUGCAGUUUGAACUGAAAAAAGUUAACUGAAAAUAUGCUGGUUUCUGCCCUCCUCUGCCUGUCCCUUUCCCUUGUUCAGUUACAGGCAGGAGGCUGAGAUGGAAGAGGGCUUCAGAAGCAAUUUCUCUUGUCUCUAGAUUUCUUUUAUUAUGCCUCUUCAUACUCUAAAAUUUCUGUGAGAGCAUCUUCCAUUUCCCAGAGCACAAGGGCCUGGCUCUCAGGAGCUCUUCAGCUGCUUCCUUCCGGGAGCCCAUGGAUGUGUGUCCCCUCCUUUCCCACAUCCAUGGGUUUGUGUCCCCUCUCAGGGCACAUACCUAUGUCAGCCCCUCUCCAGAGCCUGCAGGUUCAUGGUGGCAAACCUCUCCUUUGUGGAGAGCUGACCAGCAGAGACACAGCCCAACAUCUGUGAUAAAUCCACUCUCCAGGAUGGUCACAUCCUUUCUGCUGCUCUAAGCUGCUCAGCAGACUCUCCUUGAAUACUUGUAUGGCUGGGCUCAGAGGUGACUCUGUUUUCACCCGGAGGCCUUUGCUUGACUUGGGACCCUUCAGAAUGAGUUGCAGAAAAUCCAGGAUGUACUGAUUUUAACCCAGCAUUGAGGAUCUCUAAACGCAGCUGUAACUUCUUGCCUUUCACCUCCAGCAGGAAGUUUCCUUUAGGCAGAAGAUAUUUCUGUUACAAUGGACAAAGGUCUUUCCUUCCUUCUCUGUGUGAUUACAACCAUGCUGCUCCUGGGAGAGUCAAGCCGGACAGGAACCUCAAGGAAUGACGAUGCUCUGAGUCAGGGCAUUGACUCGAGGGUACCAGAAGCGGCUCUUCCGACUCUGACCGUCACGACCAUCCUGGAAGAUCCCUACGUCAUGGUGAGGAGUGCGGAGCUGGAGGGAUACUGCAUCGACCUGCUGAAGGCUCUGGCUGCGAUGCUCCGGUUCCGCUACAGGGUGAAGGUGGUGGGCGAUGGGCAGUAUGGAGCUGUUGCUCCCGGUGGGAACUGGACCGGGAUGAUCGGUGAAGUUCUGAGACGGGAAGCAGACAUUGCAGUGGCACCGCUGACAGUCACAUCAGCGAGGGAAGAGGUGGUCUCCUUCACCACCCCAUUCCUGCAGACCGGCAUUGGAAUCCUGCUCCGCAAGGAAACCCUCUCUCAGGAGAUGUCGUUCUUCCACUUCCUGGCUCCUUUCAGCAAGGAGACCUGGACCGGCCUCUUGUUUGCCUACAUGCUGACGUGCUUCUGCCUCUUCCUUGUUGCCAGGCUGAGCCCCUGUGAAUGGAAUGAGCCAAAGAAUGAAGAGAACCACUUCACCUUCUUAAACAGCCUCUGGUUUGGAGCAGGAGCCCUUACCCUGCAAGGUGUCACCCCUCGGCCCAAGGCUCUCUCUGUGCGGGUCGUUGCUGCCGUCUGGUGGCUCUUCACCAUCGCGCUGCUGGCUGCCUACAUUGCCAACUUCACCGCCCUGCUGAGCUCCGGCAGCGAGCAGCUCCCCAUCCAGACCUUUGAGGAUCUUGUGAAGCAAAGGAAGCUGGAGUUUGGGACACUGGAGGGCUCCUCUACCUUCUACUUCUUCAAGAACUCCAAGAAUCCCAUCCAUCAGAUGAUCUAUGAGUACAUGGACAAGAGACGAGACCACGUUCUAGUCAAGACCUACCAGGAGGCAGUUCAGCGGGUGAUGGAGUCCAACUAUGCCUUCAUUGGGGAAUCCAUCUCCCAGGACCUAGCUGCUGCCCGGCACUGCAACCUCAUCAGGGCCCCUGAAGUUAUCGGAGCCAGAGGGUUUGGCAUUGCCACCACCCAGGCAUCCCCAUGGACAAAGCAGCUCUCUGUGGCCGUCCUCAAGCUGCGUGAGUCCGGGGACCUGGACUACCUGCGCAACAAGUGGUGGGAGAGCAGCUGCCUCCACAGGAGCCGUGAGCGGUGGAGCCCUCUGCAGCCCCAGGCACUGGGGGGGCUCUUCCUCACCCUGGCCAUUGGCCUGGCCCUGGGUGUGAUUGCAGCCGUGGCCGAGCUCUCCAACAAGAGCAGACGCGCUGCUGGGCAUGCCAAGAAAUCUUGCUGUGCUGUUUUCACAGAGGAAAUCUGCACUCGUCUGCACAUAAAGAAAAACACGAGACAGAGCCAGGAGACUUCAGGGAGGGCCAAUGCUUAACAGUUCUGUCCUGAAGGAACAGGCCUGUGUUAGGUUCAUACCAUGUGUAUUUCAUACGAACUACAUCAAUGUAGAAAGAUGUUUCUCUGCAGGUCUAGGGUGUUAGUUUUCUAAUUACACACACACAGAGCACUUCUGGAUUGGUGGAGCUGGAUGCAGAAGAAAAUUAAGUGACUUGGAAGAAUUUAAAUCCAUGAGGAAUAGAGGGUAACUUAACAGGGAGCUUAACGAUGUGAGAUACAGCUGAGGUGGCUGCAGCGGUGGGUCUGUAUUUAGUUUAGAAGUUCACUGUGUAAGUACAUGAACACCUGGAGGAGUCAGUGACUUGGGACAGUUCAUACAGAGCCUCUGCUUACUACUGACAGCCUGAGGUACAGCCUUGGAAAGGGAAAGCUCUCUCUUAGCUGCCUGUUCUCAUCAAGAGCUGCUGCUGAAAUGUGCCAGUUACAAACUGCCCCCUUCUGAGCAGAUGCUGCUCACUGGGAAGAUUGGUUCUGAUGAGGAAUAACAGAGCUGAGGCAUAACCCCCAACGGUGGGACUUAACUGAAUCCCCUGCAGUGCCCUGAGGGAACCCACACAACUGAGGAAUUACUGGACAUAAGAAAUGCCAGAUGUGGACUUGUCCUUGUCCGGUUCCCAUCAGGGACCAGUUUCACUGCUGAGCCAUAGAGGGUUAACAGUUUACCUGGUCAAGAGCUACUGAGGAAGACUGAAGGUUGAAAUCCAGCAGUACCAGAGUGUGAAGCCUGGUUAUGGGUCAAGUGAAGUACAAGUUCCCCAGGCAAGGGUGAGGCUGUGGGCACUGGGCAUUAGCCUCUUGCUUGCAAAGAAGAAUCUUUGGACUCAAAGGGAGCAGCUGGCUCAGCUGUGUAUUACACAGUUCUCCCAUUCAGAGCUGGAAUGGCUGAUGCAAAGUUCAUGGUUAAAUUACUCCAUUUAGGUUCUGCACAGCCCCGAGGAAAGAAGGCAAAUUCAGUCACUUGGGAAUGGCUUUAACUGCAUUGCAGGAACCAACAGACUAACUCCUACCCAUCCCAGCAUUAAAUAACUGAAGGCAACAGAACCUAACGUGCCUGCAACAGGAGGAGGAUAGCUGGGUGCUCCUCAACAGAGCACUUCACAUUCACUUUGAGGGUAACUUAGUAAGACUAAACUUCAUCAAACUGUGGCUGAGUAAUUUCAUGUAGUUGCAGAAUUCCCCUCCCAGCCCAACUGGUAACAAGAACAAACAGGGAAAGCAACAGGAGCUACGGGUUCUUCCAACUGGUGGUAAACCAGUGCUGUCCAGUUAGCCCAGAUCAGGACAGCUCUGUUUUAAACAUAGCAUAAGUGAUGCUUCUUAGGUUAGAAGGUGGAUCAGUCCUUCAGUCAACUUAACUGCAAAGAGCAUAAAACACUUUAGCUAAGUUUAAAAGCUGACAUGGGUAACACAGUGUCAGACUGACUUAUCUCUUCAGAACUACUUGGUGUGUGCCAUGUCCUUGCUGGCAGAGUAGGCAGAGAUGUAUAAAAAAAGGUUUCGUUGACAUUUAAAUAUAUUUCUAUAUGAAUGUCUCACAGAACAAAAAAAUAAAGUCUUUCCAUCACAAAUACUGCAGCAUGAAAAUAAACACUUACCAAAAUAAACAAUGAGUGAUAUACAUAUAUAUAUUUGGGGGUGUAUACUAUAGAGUGAAUCAUAUUGUUGCUUUUUAAGUCACAAAAGCACAAUAUAAAUACGGAAUUUCCUAUGAACUCUUUUUCCCUGUUGUAAUAAAAAUACAUUCUUUACA